UAAUCACAAGAGUGCCGGCUGCUUACGGAGGGUGGGUCCGCAGUGGGUUCAGUUGUAGCCGGCUGAACAACAAAACGUCCCACCUGAUUGAGAUGAUGAGUGCACACUGCAACUUUUACGUAUGAGGACCCUUUUCUUCUAGAAGCGCUGCAGGCGGCGGCGCAUUUGCACACGGUGCUUGUCAACAGUGGAGAUCACAAGGCUGUCUGCGUCGCAUGUGUUUGAACUCCGGCCAGUCGUACAGAAGCCAUCAUCAUGUUCAAUAAGAAGGAUCCAGAAAAAAUUACGCUGGUGACAGACUUCAGGAGCUCAUACACCGCUGAGGCAAGUGUGCCCAACCAGAUGGCGUUACAGGUAGAGACCAAUGGUGGCAUCAAUCAUUGCCAUGACAACAGCCGUGCACAGGAGGAUCGGGAGCAAGAGAAGAAAGUGGCCAAGAGGAGGUUGUAUGUGGUCUCUGUCAUCUGCCUCAUUUUCAUGAUUGGUGAAAUCCUUGGCGGGUAUCUUGCAGGCAGUCUUGCGGUGAUGACAGACGCUGCUCACCUGCUCGUAGAUUUCAUCAGCUUCCUCAUCAGCUUGUUAUCCCUCUGGCUCUCCUCCAGACCGGCCACACACAAGCUCAACUACGGCUGGCAUCGUGCCGAGAUUCUGGGUUCCCUGCUGUCAGUUUUCAGCAUCUGGCUGGUAACAGGAGUGUUGGUUUACCUGGCUGUGGAACGUCUCAUCACAAAUGACUUCACCAUCGAGGCCACUAUCAUGCUCAUUACCUCUGGCUGUGCUUUGUUGGCUAAUAUUGUCAUGGCCCUCAUCCUUCACCAGUCCGGCCACGGCCACAGUCACGGGGGUCUCAGCUCGCACGGCCACGGCCACAGCCACAAGAAUGGGAACAAACCCAAUCAAGUUUUAAACCACACAAACCACAAUGAUCAUGCAGACGCCGAGCAAAACGGGGCUGCUAACGGAGGGAGGGCUCAGCAGGAAAACGCCAGUGUGCGAGCGGCCUUUGUCCAUGUGUUGGGAGACCUUUUACAGAGCAUCAGCGUGUUUGUCAGCGCCAUCAUUAUCUACUUCAAGCCAGAAUACAAGAUAGCUGACCCGAUCUGCACCUUCCUGUUCUCCAUAUUUGUCUUGUGCACCACCAUCACCAUCUUGAGGGAUAUUCUUAUUGUCCUGAUGAAUGGCACUCCUGGGGGGAUGAAGUACGGUGAGGUGCGGGAUGGUCUGCUAGCAGUGAAGGGGGUGAAGGCGAUCCACAACCUUCACAUCUGGGCCCUGACCAUAAACCAGACUGUACUGACUGCACAUGUAGCCAUAGAUGAGACAGUGGAUGCUCAGACCGUCCUAAGAGAAAUGACACAGGCUUGUGUCUCCUCCUACAACUUCCACUCUGUGACAAUUCAAAUGGAGAGACAGACCGACCUGAAGCCUGGAUGUACCCUGUGUGAGGAGCCCAAGAUGUAGGAACCUGACGUAAUUAUUUUACCUGAGCCCAUCAGAAUAAGGCCAAGCUUUGCUCUGACCGCUGUAACAUCUGCUGUCUGGUUCCUGAGGUCUUAUGGUUUUACUGUGACGUUCAUAAAGUUCCCGUUUGUUGACACAAUAUUUACAUUGAAAUAGGAAUGAGUAUGUGCCUGAUUCGAGGGCAAGCUUCCUAAUGUUUUAAAUUAUUUGACCAUAAAGGUUCACUAUCCACACCAUUCCUUAUGCAUAAAGUUUUAACUUAAAUAUCCCUGAGAAGUGUAUUUGUGUUCAACUAUAAAUCACAAUGAAUUGUAUGAAUUAAAUUAAUCCAUCAUGAAUAUAUGCAUUUUAUAUUUUGUUUAAUGUUUUGAGUGUAAAAAAGUAAGCGUCAAACACUUUCCUGAAUUCUGCUGAUUUUUGAAAUACCUUUAUUUACUUAAAGCCCAAAUUCUGGUGCUAGGUGACAAUUAAGAAUAUAAUGGAAUAUAAUGUAGUAAGACUCAGGCAUGCUGUAUUGUUUUCAAAUAUUUAUUGAUCAACUCAUUUUAAUGUUAUCCAUGCUGAUUCAACACAUGUAGGCAUGAUUUGCUCGUCUGUCCUCUGUUAUGGCACUUAUAAAAAUCGGUGAUGCAUUAAAUCAUUAAUCAUUUUAUUUUCAUUUUAUAUUAUUGUUGUUUUAUAUUAUUGCCUUUCCUCUAAUCGAGCAAAGGCAGUAAUGGGGGUACCAGUAGUAAUCAUAUUGGCAAUUUGUUAAUUUCAAUUUGCCUCUGCAAGCAUUCAGACCAAUGCGUAAGUACUGCUUGUUUGAGCAUUGACCUACUGCAACAAUACACAGGAUACAGCCAUUUGUGCACAAUUUGGUACGUAAAUAUCAAACAAUAAAUACUUCAGUGACUAUUACACUAGCAUUCUCAGAAGUACUGUGUGUAAGAUGAGAGCAUCACACGUAUGUUAAAGUGUCUCUCCACUGCCUUUGUUGAGUUUUAAGG